AUUUCUUUGGUGUUGUCUCUUAUCAAAAGCUACGCUAUGCUCAGGCGGCUUAUCAUGUUUGUGAAUCGCACCGAGUCUCGAUCAAUCCAUGCAUUCGGCUAAACCGUUGAACGCCUUUUAUUUGUGUGUUGCCCUCACCGUGUCUACAUUGGUGAGAGCAAAGGUCAAUAACUUUUUUUUUUGUAAGUGCUUGAAAGGGGACCGAUGCAGGAGUGACGCAUUACUUCGCGUUUAAUUUGAUUAGGGCUUGGUUCGGAAAAUGUUUACUGUCAUUUCGUGUGAUGCUAGAAUAUUUUUUACCAGAAUCCAUUACAUCAGCUACGACGUAAAUAUCAGUUGCAAGCAACACUCCCUCAGAAGAUGUCUAGGCGAGAAAUGCUAAUCAGACAUGAUUCGCAAGCUUCAUACAUUCCGAACUGGCUCGAGUGCCAUAGGAAACCAGUCACAAUGAUCCUGCGGUUGUACUCUAGUAUAAUUCUCCUCUGGGACUUUUGCAUCAUCCUGUUAUACUUUGCCAUGCAGCUUCUACGGUCACUCUAUCAAAUAGUACGACCUCCGAAGCGUAAGUCCGUAGCUGGCGAGGUUGUGGCGAUCUUCGGAACAAGUAGAGGAGUAGGCCGUGACCUAGCAAUUCAGAUGGCCGAAUUGGGCGCCAAAGUAGCUUGCGUUGAUAUCAACUCAUCCGAGAACGACAUGCUAGUGAAGAGUAUUAACGGCAGUGGCUACGUUGCCCAUGCUUUCGAAUGUGACCUCACGAAUAAGAACGACAUCAUUCGCACGAUAAAUGCCAUCGAAAAGCGAUUCGGUCAAAUAACCAUGUUCUUCCACUGCUGUGGUGUCCCUAGUCCGAGAUCACUCAUCACCGAUCCACCGCCAAUUCAAGCCACUCUAAAUCUGAGUGUCGUCUCGCACUUCUGGCUUCUGGAAGCGAUCCUGCCAAAGAUGAAACGUAACAAUCACGGCCACAUCGUGUUCCUCACUUCGGUGGCUGGCCUGAGUGGAGUUAAGCAUCAGACGCCUCUCUCCGUGGCGCAAUUCGCUGUCCAGGGCCUCUUCGAAUCAAUCCUCGAUGAACUGCGCAUCGAAAAGUUCCUCCUCACCAUUCCGAUCUCCUUGGUGCACCUGUAUCCGUUUGUCCUGACGGAAAACUGCCGUAACGACAUCCGAAUGCGCAUCCCGUCCGCAUUUGGUACCAUCCGGUCGGAAGAUGCCGCACGCAGGAUCAUCGAUGGCGUCCGACGCAACGAGCUGGAGAUCAGUAUUCCCAAGUAUUGCCUAGCGUUGGGCCACGUGCUCAAGUUGCUACCGCGACGGGCGACGUUGCUGCUUCGGAAUCUCUUCGAUACCGGAGUGGAUUUCUAGUACCUUGCAGCUCAAAGACUGUUCUCCGAUGCUGCGGUUAAUAUUUUUGCCAUAUAGUGAUUCUAAUCGUUGGUUGUUUUUUGACGUAUCUCUAUAGAACUCGACAAGCUUGUUACCUAAGACUUGAAAACUUGUAGUAGAGUAAGAUUCAUAUACGUCUAGUGAGAGACAGUCGGAUCCCCUCUAAGGGACGCGAUCCAGUGAUGAAUUUGACUAAAUAAAGAUGAUAUGUAUUGGAAAGUUUAUUAGUUACGUUA